GAGAAGAUAAAAUUGGAUUAAUUGGAAAAAAUAAUUAGGUGUUGAACACUCAUCGACACGAUACGUGCACUCGAACGAUGGCGACUUUCGUCCCCGACGAGUUGAUAUACGAGAGCGACUUAACUAAGAAAAGUUUCCGCAAAUUCAAGGCUGUAAUAAUGGUGAUCGAUGUGACUCAAUUGUUCAGUUUCUACAGAAGAUUCACAUACGCGGAGAAUGGCGGUAGUUACGGUUUCUUCUCUUUGUUGAACGAUUAUAUGAGCGCCAUAGUGGAAGAAGUAUAUAUUAACCACGGAGACGUGUUGAAAUUUUCUCAUAAUGAUCUGCUAAUCAUGUGGAAAAUAACCAGGAACGAAUUCAUUGCAAGAAUAAUACGUCACGUGAUUAUGACCGCGGAAAGUAUCCAAAAAAGUAUCGCCGCCAUAAAGAACGAAAUCACUCCUAUCCCAAAAUUGUCUAUCGUAAUCUCCAUGGGAACUGCUGUAUUUUCGGUGAUCGGUGACGACAGGUGUAGAAAUUUUGUAAUAUGUGGUUCGUCGAUCCAGGACAUUAAGUAUACGAGAAGAGUAUGUUUACCAGGCGAUAUCGUGUUGUGCGAGAGCGCUUGGCAAUAUUGUGUCCCCAGUCAUUACGAAUACGUUCUUAAGGAUGCGGACAACGUUAAGAUCAUUAAAGUGCUCGAGGCACCCGAGGAAAUUUUGAUGGUGAAAGACAUAGGGAUCGAGGAGGAUAUCAUAGAACUGGGAAAGUCGCCGUCGCACGUGUCGAUAUUAUCCGAUGUAUCCGUGGAACAAGAGAUCAGAGCUACACAUUUUCGAACAAGAAUUUCCGUAGUGGACGCAUUGCGAAGACGUAUCGGAAUGUAUCUGAGAAGUUACAUGGUGACAGCGGUAUUAAUGCAGAUCGAUAACGAACAAUCGUUGGCCCAUUUGAUAGAAAUAAGGAAUGUUACUGUUAUUUGCAUCAGUAUAAUUCCUUAUGAUUGUACCGUUUUCGAGUUGAUUUCUUUGACAGACGAAAUAUACAAAACUAUUCUAAAUAUAAUUGAAUCGUAUUCCGGAUUAAUGUGCCUCGUAAAUUUAUUCGAAAAAGAUAUAUCUUUUAUCGUUAUAUUCGGACUUAGAGAUUUUAUAAAUAAUAAGAAAAAUAAUGUAAAGAAUGGAGUAUUGUCCGCAUGCCGAAUAUUAAAAGAAGUGAAACACAUAAUUGGUAUUAAAGCAAUUCUUAUUGGUGUUUCGACUGGUUUAGCAUUCUGUGGAAUAAUUGGUCAUAUCGUUAGAAGACAAUUCAUGGUUUUCGGUCAAUGCGUCGACAUGGCUACUUCUUUGAUGAUGAUUUCGUACGACAAGAUACAUUGCGACUACAACGUUGUUUUAAAAAGUACUUUGAAAAAAGAGAAAUUUCGUCGCCAAGGUAUAAGGACAUUAAGAAAACUUGGAAAAUGUGAAAUUUAUGAGAUCUUAGAUGAGCCAUUAACAACCGAGAUGUUGUCGAGCUUGGAAUAUAAAUACCCUCUUCUUGGUCGAAUCAACGAAAUAGAGUACUUUAAAGAUCUUUUAGACGAAAUAGGAGUAUCCGAACGACGUUAUUCCGGGUUGGUCAUCGAGGGUAUUGAAAGAUCUGGUAAAUCGAGGAUCCUUGAUGCUUAUGUCACGAUUGUUAAAAGCAGAGAAAUAAAAUUGGUUCAACUUUCUUUGCAUCCAUCUUUUGCAGAGAAAUCUUAUUCUGUGAUAUAUCAUAUACUUCUUCAGAUGUUCAACGCCGAAAAUUGUAUUUCUAUAAACGAUCGUGAAAAAACUUUAUUAAAUUAUUUAUCCGAAAUAGUGGAACCUGAAAAUUUAUGUUACCUGAAUUAUAUCAUGAGAGUACAAUUUCCUCAAUCAAAUACUUAUUGUGAAGAAACUGAUUGGCAACGUUACAAAAAGAUGAUCGAUAUCUUUGAGAAAAUAUUAAACGAGAUUAUUGGUUAUGUAUGCAUCCUUCUAGAUGAUGUGCACUAUAUGGAUCUGUUUUCCUGGCAAUUUUUAUCUGCUAUUUUGAGCAAUAAACACAUAGUUCUAGCUAUGACAAUGCUGGAACCCGUUUCGUGGGAUACUUUAACCCAAAUCGAAACCGCGAUUAGUCAAGAGAAAAGGUUAAAGAUUAAAUCGUUGAAUUCUUUAAACUCUGAAUAUUUGACAGCAUUUGCCUGUCAAUUUUUAAACGUUAUUGCAAUUCCUGAAACCCUGGAAAAAAUCCUUAACCAACAUAGUAAAAAUGGGAUUGCUUGGUGCGAAGCGUUCUUAAUGUCAAUUUUGCAAGUGAAAGCAUUAGACAUUAUCUCGAUAUCUCCACAAGAAGUAAAAAAAUAUAAUCUCAUUUUCCCAAAUCCAUCGUUUUUAUCAAAAAUUCCCGUAUAUUUAACGCCCGAGGAAUUGGCACCACCGUUACAAUGGAUGCAAAUGACUACAUUAACUGUGUGUGUACUGUCAAAAAAGCCGAAAUCUCCCAUCGAAGCUAAUCGAGACGUUAUAGGUUUGAGAAUCGAUAUAUAUAACAGAAUGAACACGUACGAACAAGAUAUUAUCAAGUGUGCCGCAGCAUUAGGUGAUAUCUUUCAUCGCAGUAUGUUAACUAACGUAAUAAGUAAUUCUACACCAUUAUUUACAUCGAAAGCCGUGGCAGAAAUGAUAAGGUUAAGGAUCUUGGAGUGUGCUAUGAUCCAAAGGAAAUAUUAUAUAAAUAUGACGACAUAUCACGCGUUUAAAAAGCGAAAAACUUUCAGCAACAUGCAUCAUUUGAUGUAUUGCGAUUGCAUUCGGACCCGCCCAAUAGUAAAAGAAUCAUUGCCAAUAUAUGCUGACUGCAGAGUGUUAGAAUUUACGAUAUCUUCUUAUCGUAAAUUUUUUUACGAUAUUCUUUCUACACAGGAGAGAAACGAAUAUCAUUUGAAAGCUGUAAACAUUCUUGAACAAAGUGCUAAAAAAUGUAGCAGUUGUGGAAGAGGUCCAUUUUUAAUGCCUUUGAUAGAGAAAGAAGAGAAAGUUGAGAUGAAAAUGAUAAAAACUAUGUGCAAAAAAUUUCGGAAAGAUUUGAACGUAGACGAAGUAUCUUUGUAACGAAGGAAGACGUCCGUAAAGACAAACAAAACACUCGCAUAGCUUCCAUUGUACCGACGAUGUUUACCGAUGAAAACAGUAAAUAAUAUCAAUAUAAAAAUAUAUCAAUCUUGAAAUAAAUUAGAAAUUUCUA